UCCUCCACUAUCAAUUAUUACAUCAACCAAACAAAAUAUUCCUCCAUCAUCAAUUAUCACUCAAAAUCCAACCAAACAACAACACCUUUAUCUCAUAACUAUGAUUACUCCUAAUUUGACUAUUAAUGAUUUUAAUAUCAUUAAGAAUUUAAACAAAAGAAAUUUUGGAUCAAUUAAACUUGCUCAGCACAAAAUCACCAACAAGAUUUGUGCAAUUAAAGCAAUCAAUCGGGAAAUGAUUUAUGAACAAAAGAUAAUUGAGAAUGUUACUGUAGAAU